UUGCAGAUGCAGUAACAUAUAAAAGGUGAAACAGUUCUUCGAGACAUCAGACUGAAGAAGAAGAAGAAGAAAAAUCCAAGCCAAAUCAAUAUUGCAAAAAAAACCUCCCGGUGCGUUGAUCAACUCUUGAGGAGAACAACUGCAAUUUGGGGGUGAAAUUGGGUCAUGUGCUGCGUUCAACAUUAUGGAAUCACUUGCUUGACUCCCCCAGCUCUCAUGUUUGGCACAUGGGCUGCCGCGUGAAUUUGAUUUUGCAGCAGGAAAGAAAACCAGUGGACGUUUGAUAAACUGCAAUUAGCUUUUGUGAUUGGGGGAGUUCACAUCUACCGCGGAUAAUCACAUUGGGAGCUUCUGACCACAAGGAUAUUAAGGAGACUGCGUAUUCGGGUGGCAGCGGUGGGCUUUGUGAACGGCUCCAGGAGGAUUUGGUCAUCAGUCAUCAACAAUCAGCCUUCCAGAAUCAUCCAAAAGAAUUGUUCCUUUGCGCAUCAUCUUAUCAAGAAAGGUUUGCAGCAGUGACUUGCAACGUGACAUACCAGGGAGAUUUGUAUAUGAUAGGAGAGCUUGAACUGUUUCGAAAAGCAACUAUAGAGGGCGUAUUCUAACCGGUUCUAUCGGACACCACCACUACUCAUCAAAGCUGGGGAUCCGCAACGGGAUGAGGAGUGGGAACAACAACAAGGGGGAGACGACCUCCAACCGGGGGAGUCGGUCGCCACGGUUACGAGGUGCCCACGAGAGAUGGCUCAUCGCGCUCAAGAAGGUACUGGGGAAGAAUCGGAGGCUGCUCCAGGAAGUGAGCGACACCAAUCUUUCAGUGACCACAGGUGCGGCCUGGAGGUUAGAAGAUGAAGAGGAGGGGUACCUACCCCCUACACCCAGCCUUGAAGACACACCCUUCUCUCAGACCUCAUCACAGCUAUACUACCCUGUUCCUCCCAGACCUACCACCCCUGACACAGAGAGAGUAAGAACAAGUGCCAGCAAUGGAGGUUUGGCCAAGUUGGCUCGUCGACUCAGUCAGAGGGGGGAGAGGAGAGGGGAAAAGCUGCCAUGUAGACAGCGCUCUGUCAGUGUGGACAGUGAUUACGAGUCCGACGUCGCCAGCGCCAACGGCAUCCCCGACCGGCUCUGGAGUAUGCUCCUGGUCGACGACCACCACGCGGCCAUGCCUCGUAAACCCUCAACUGGCGAUGUCCGGAAGGCCCAUAGCAUGGAGAGCUUGGUGCCAGGAGACGACAGGAGCAAAUCCUCUUCCAUUCCUCCGUCUCCCCUCGCCCCUAACAAACUCCAGAGGAGCCUCUCGGGCAAGAAGAGGGGGGCAAGCAUGAACGAGGUGGACUCCACGGGGCUAGGGGGCAGCUCCGUCAAGGACAAGGGCAGAAGAAAUUCCAAAUAUAUUUCUGAUUUACAAGCUCUCUUUGAGGCAGUGGAACACCAAGACCUGGACGUAGCCAAAUAUUGUCUGGAAGCCAACGGGCUAGACCUGAACCAGCCCAACCCUGACGAGUUCACCGUGCUAGACAUCGCCGUCAUGACCAAUAACAUGCCCAUGUCUAGAUUGCUCCUCUCUCACGGAGCAAGGGAAAACCCCAGAUUUCUUUUGAAAGAUGUCCGCCUAAACAAGCUCAAUACUCUGAUCAAUGAAGCGGAACAAGUCAUCCAGGAUCUCACCACCCGUGUUGUCAACGGCUCCGGCAAUAAUAAUGCUACUUCUUCCAGUUCGAUCAAGGAUGCUGAUAGGCAACUGGUGGAUUGGGAAUGGCGAUACAGGUUACUGAAACGAAUGAAGACUGGCUUUGAACAAGCAAGAGUACCUGACAUACCAGCCUUAGUGCGAUUAUACACAGCGAGUAGCUCUUCCCUUCUUGCUACCUUUGACGAACCACUCAACAUGAAUGGAGCCACGGCUACAAGGUUUAAAAUUGAAUGGAGCCAGAACGAGGAUUUCUGCCCGUUGGCUGGGGAGCAUAUACUAUACCACUUCAGCAAUCUCAAAUAUACUAUACAAGGUUUAACACAGGGUGCCAAAUAUUAUGUACGUGUGUCAGCCUUCAAUAUGAAGGGCUUCGGCCCCACCCAGACGUCAAAUCCAUCAUUUGCUGUCCCGUCAUGUUGGAGGGAUGUGGAUGGCAGCAAGCCCAGGUCUUGGGGCAGGCUGAGCAUGAUCGAUGAGCUCUUCCAGCAAGUACGGGACGGGAGACCAGCAGACUCUGUUGAAAUCAAAUCAACUUCCCCUCGAGCUUCACCGAAUCAGAUGAGGAAAACGGUGAGAAAAAGCUUGAAGAACCUCUUCCAGUCUGCUCCGAAGUUCCAGAAACAUUUAAGGAGAGGCGUAUACCUAGCCUCAGUGAUCUACAACGAUGACAAGGUUCUUGUGACAACGGAGGACUACCUGCCUAUUAUAGAGGUCGACGAGAACUUCCCUAGCAACGUCCAACAGGACUUCCUAUGGUUCAUGAAGGUGGCCCAAACAUGGGAGGAUGUUGACCUCCUGAGAACUGACCUGACCCAGUCGACGGCAGCCUCACCGGUCGUCCACUUCAGAGGGCGCCUCCUGCAGGCCGCUGCCCAGUUGCAAAGCAUCAUGGGUAUGCAGGACCUGGGCAAGCUCUACUACGAGCCGGUCAAGGACAGCCAAGGGAUCGUUAUCUUUACACUCAUCAACUGCGUCAAGGACCCGAGGACAAUAAACAAUGCAGCGCUGAAAUGGGUCAGUAUGACGAGAGUCCAGAAGAGGAAAUCAAUGAGUGUGGAGUGCCCAGUGGCUGCAGAUCUGCUACUUACGUCAUUACCAGAGAAGAUCAUCCACCACCAGGUGAGCAGCCUGCCCCUGACCCGGGGUCUCUAUGUGGGCUACCUCAAGCUCCGGAGCUCGCUGGGGAACAUCAGGAUCCAGGUGCCCGAGCGCCACCCCAGCAUGCUGCCCCACAUCAAGGUCAGGGAUAACUACAACGUCUCGCAGGAGGAGUGGGAUUGGCUCCACAGUCUGGACAAGUGUGAGGUGAAGAAGAAAGCAACCAGGGUACAGGAAGAUUUCCAGCGCCAGCUUGCAUCGGCGACCCGGAAGCUAUUGACACGGGUAGGGGUCACCGAAGAGGAGGCUAUCACCCACAGACUUUGCGACCUAGAGGUUGUUGAACUCAGCAGUGAGGUCUCAUUCAUUUUGCUGCUCCCUCCUCUGGGUAGUGUAUGUAUAGGACCGGGGACACCAUCCGAUGACUGGAUCACCAGCAGGGAUUUCACGUCGAUCUCAGUGCCGGUCUUUGAAAUGAUACACAUGAGCACGUAUCAUGGAGACUUCAUCCGCCGCUACGCAAGGCUUUCCUCAAUCCUCGAUACAGAGUCCCUGAUCACCCAGCAACAACUGAGGGAGGCCUUCUCGAACGAUGAACUGAAUGAAGCAAAGCGGAGACAGACGCAAGUGGAGGAAUUUCAGAAGUCACUUGACAUGAUGUGGAGAGGAAUGCGCUGGAUCAUGGAUAUACUCCAGUAUGCCAGAGACAAACAGAUCAAAGGGGGAGUCCCUCUCUCUGUACUCUAUGCUCCACCCCCAUCACCAGUGGAUGCUUCCGAGGAUAUUCUAGCAUCCUUCACGGAGUGCAUGAAAGAUCCCCAGAACCACUCCCUCCUACCGCCCCCUCCCUGCAGCAGCAUUGGAUGCCAGACGAUGUUACUACCGGUAGAGAGGGCAGCAGAUAACACUCUCAAGUCAGGCAUUCUCAGGGUCUUCCCAGCCUACAACUCAGGUCUUGCCAAAGGAACAAGUGUCAAGCUCCAUGUGACAUCAAAGACAUCAUGUGAGGACAUAGUGAGCCUGGUGGUGCAGCAGCUCAACAAGGCCAUGGAGAGCAGUGGCAUGGAGACCCCCGCCUUCUCCCCCGAGGACUGUGCCCACUUCUGCCUGGUAGCCAUCAUUGCCAACAAGGAGUACACUCUGCAGGAGGACUUCUGUCCGCUGCAGCUCCAGAACCCUUGGACUAAAGGACAGUUGUUUGUCCGACCUAAAGACUCCGAGAGAGCUGUCCUCAAUGUAGGUCCGUCGACGGCUGUAUAGCGUUGACAGUCCGGUCGCAUCCUCCACGUGCCAUCUUUGCCAAAGUGAAGAACAUUUCCAGGAUUUUGCUGCGUAUUGCCAUUGGAGAAUACUUACAAUGUCAUACAUUGUUUUGAAACUUCCUAUGUAAAACAGAGUGACUUCAUAGCCUCAACCAAAUCUCCAGGAUAUAUGUAUAUCAUUUUUUUUCUCCCAACAAGAGUUUGUGAUAAUGCCAAGGAUAGGGAAAGGCUCUUUUUCGAAGUACAGCUUCAGGAGAAUACUUCUGCGUGCGUACAGGUCUGCGAUAGGGUUGGUCUCUACAGAAGACGUACAUCUGGGUGUUAAGCGAUUGUUAUAAGAGAGUCUUUCUAUGAGAAGAUACCUGAUGUGAACAUGGCAACGGUAAUGGACUCAAAGGUCAAAGGUUAGACAAGUAGCCGCAGAUGAUGAACUCCCUACAGUCUUGGCCACUCUGCAGAUACCUGUACAUGAUCUCUCUGGACAGAACUGACCUAUACGGUGUGAUGGAACCACAUAUCUUGUCCAUGUGUGGUUGUGUUUAAGAUCUAGAGACGCCCAUGAGUGGUGUCCUUCACUUGCAGAAAAGCGGUAUCUGCAUGAGUGAACAAGGACCCUAGCCCUCCACCCUGGCCCAUUCUCGAAAGUGAGAUCCACUUGCCGUAGGCCUUCAAGAAUGCAAAGUUUCCGUUCCUCUAAAAGCAGACAAGCUUGAAUCGGCAUCCUGUGUUGGAUAAUAUGGAUCUCGGAAUAUAUGGAAAGUUCUUGGUUUCCAAUGUUAUAAUUUCAUGUCUCUAAAGCAGUCAGUCAUGAUGAAUAGUCAUAUAGAAUAUUGGAUAUAGCCUUACUUGGAGGUAGCUACCGAGUUCUAAUACGUGAUGUGAUGCAUCGUCACUAAUAUGAAGUAGGUAUAUGGAAUUCUGAUAAAUGAUGAAUGUAAUUGUGCAACACCAAAGACUUGAAAAGAAAAUAUUAUGAUUUUGAGUGAAGGUUUGCAGAAUGUACGCUAUCCAUUCCAUGUAGACAAUACAUGUCUUCGGCUGUUUGCAAGAAGGCUGUUCGUGCCGUUGCCAAUGCAUGGCCCUUAUGGCCUUCUUGCCACAGCUACCCGACAAUAUACAGUCAAACCUGUCUAAGUGGCCUCUGCCUGUCUAGAAAGGUCACCUGUCUAUAGUGGUCAUCCAAACAAUGUCAUGUAGAUGGUCUUUAGAGAUUUAAGUCUCCAUAGUAAUGGACAGAACUUGAAUUCACUUGCAUUGAAGUUCUAGAGAAAUGGGCUAUAUUUUAGGAUGAUUCUUAUCUGACAUCAUGUUUGUGUUGCAAAAAAAUGUGAGUUUAUUUUUUUGAUUAAUUAACUGAUUUGGAUGUUUGUGGGUGAUAUUAGCAGAGGCUGUUUUUAAAGAGAGCUCA